AUCUUACGCACCGUGCAGAAAAAAAUCCAAUAUCCGGCUGCUGAUGAUUGCAGUUGUGCACGAAAAAUUACAUAUGUUUCAUUUUAUCUAGUAACCAGGAUUUAUUUAGCAUUAUAUUCUAUUGAAAAUGAAUUGGAUACAAUUUGAAUUAUUGUUUGUCUGUGCAAUUGCAUCAGUCCUUUUAUGUUCGGCAGCAGAUUGUGGAGAUGACGACUAUAAGUUUCAGUUCACGCAGUGUGACGCUAAUAGUGAAAGGUGGAGAGUUUCUGUACCAAAGAAGGAUUGUACACCAACAUCAAGUGGAUAUGAUCUCCCUGUUAAAGGCACUAGUUGUAACCAAGAAUGCAGUGCAGGAGAAUUUCUGGAUAUGGACAAAUUAAAGUGUAAGCCAUGUCCAUCUGGAAAAUAUUCGAGUGGAAAUGUUGCACACUUUGAUGACUGGAGUGAACUACCCAAAGGAUUCUCUGUGACAACUGAAUCAUUCCAAGGGUUUGGUGAUGGUGGAGAUGAAAUAGUCGACUGUUCAAAGUAUGAAUGGACACCUAAAGGAUCAUACAUUGCUGUGUUGCCUGGCGACUGUGCCGCUAACCUGAUCUACUCAACCACACUACUAAAGGCUGGCACAUUGACCUUCCAGUAUCAGUUUCCUAGUGCAACCACCAUCUUCCAUAUAGUUGUUCAGAAUGAUCAGUGUCAAGCUUCUAGUGACAAAGAUUCCAGCAGAUGGCCUGACUCCACCAAUGAAGGAGAAUGGCAGACAAUAACUCUGAAUCUGAAGUCUGGGUUCAAUGUGAUAACAUGGCGGGUUAUUGGAAUAGGUAGCACAGAUGAUACAAGCCCACUGCUUAUCAGGAAGAUGACUGUCACUGGUGUUGCGUACACAUCAGAGUGCAGUAAAUGUCCAGCCGGCACAUAUAGCAGUGAGAGGGCUACCAUAUGUACACUGUGUCCAGCCAACAAGUACUCGCUAGAGGGCGCUAUGAGUUGUUCCGAUUGUGAUGUCAAUAAAUACUACUCAACUCCAGGAUCUGUCAACUGUACAGAACGACCUCCAUGUACUGAAUCUGACUAUUAUCAUAUACUUAAACCAUGUGAUGAGAAUGGUAAGACGGGCAUGAUCUACCGCUGGGUACAACCCGUAAUCUGUGACCCAAAUCACCUAUCCUCCGCCAAGCUUCCUGACUCCUCCGAACCCAUUGACUGUCACACCUGCAAUCCAGGCAUGCACCUUGUUAACAAGACUUGUACCUACUGCUCCCCCGGUUUCAUGUCAAAUGGCGUAGAAUGUAAGGAAUGCCCGGCCACCACAGCCCCUGAUUACGGCUACGAGCUUCAGAACUGGAAUGACAUCCCGAACGUUAUUGAAACUACCUGUGUAUCAUUUUCAGAGGAGAAUUGUAACAAUGAUACGAAAUGGUUACCAUACGGAGAUCAUAUACAGACACAUUUUGCACGUGGAGAGAGUGCCUACCUUGUGUUACAGAUCAAAGUUAAAGGGUUCCGGACACAACAGAAAGCUGGGGAAGGGGGAACCAGUACUGUCGGACAACUAAGUGUCGUAUUUGAGACUGACUGUAAAGGUUUCUGCCAGUUUGUGAUACUUUCAGAUGAGAAUGGGAAGCAAGAUUUGAUACAAAGCUGGGAAAAUGCACAAGCCAGGAAUAAGUUCACGUAUGAUAUUAAGAGGAAUGGAUCUUUUGAGUUUACCCUGGCGUUCCAAAACUCUGGCUGGCUAAUAGAUUCAACAACAGUGGCCGCCGCUACCGCAAAGAUAUAUUCCAUACAGAUCACAAAUACCAUGGGUGGAGGGGCGAGUAAUUGUCGCAAAUGCCCUAAGGGAACAAAUGAUGAUGGUUGUGUCCCUUGUCCUGACGGUUCAUACAUUGACCCAGCCACGACUACAUGUGUGAAUUGUCCACCAGGCACAGUGGUAACAUCACACAAUGCCUAUGGUGCUGACUCGUGCAAGCCAUGCGGACAUGGCCUAGCUGUAUAUAGAGGUACAUCAUGUUUCUCUGACGGACAGUAUACAGAUGAUAAUGGCAGGAUGUUUGACUUUAGAAAUCUCAGCAACAGUUUCAAGUUCAUUCAGGGGAGCCUCCUGUUCACCUCUAGUGGUACUCAAUAUUACCAUGGUUUUAACAUUAGUCUAUUUGGUACACCAGACAAGUCCCAGGUGAUAUGUGAGAAUAAUGUCACCAGAUCUGACUCUCAUAUAUCUACUCAUGCAGGAAAACCAGAUUUUAGUGUUGCACUCCAUGAGCCAAGUCAGAUUGUUGCCCGGGUUUGUAGGACAACACUGGUACCAUCUUCUGAUAAAAGCAGUACAGUGAUGACCACACAGUCAACUAGUUUGGGAGAUAGAUUAGUGGAGAUAUUACGUAACCAGACAUCACUGACUAUGACUAAUGGAACAAAGUCCCUUGAUGAACUUUAUAAUGCUUCCGGGUUUGACAUUACAGAGAUAAAUAAUGACAUUCAAGUCCACUUUGCUGCUGAAACGCCAACAAGAGCUUGCCCUACAGGUCGUCACACCUUGGUCAGUCUACGAUGUGACGAGGAUCAGAAAGGACAAGGGGAGAUCACUCUGCCACCAAAAUGUGCGGACGGCACUUGUGAUGGUUGCAUGUUUCAUUUUAUGUGGAACACAAGACUCGCAUGCCCAAUAUGCCAGAAAGAAGACUUCCACCGGGUGGUAGGGGAAUGUUUACAAGGCACUCAAACUAUACACUACUUCCCACCAAGUCAUUGUUUGGCACCAGAGAACAUGAAGAAGAUAGAAGAGACACAAAAAUGUACAGUCAGACUGGCCUCACUACCUCUUAUAGUCCAGGUAGCUGUACCAGUUGUAGUUGGUCUAGCAUUGUUAUUCUUCUUACUAGUCUGCUUCUUCUGGAGGAAAAACAAAAAGUUGGAGUAUCGUUACAUGAAGCUGGUGGAGAAUUCCAGUGGGGCGGAGGAAGAGUUGCCCGGUGUAGACAGCUGUGCCCUGGAGGAAGGUGAAGAUGAACUAGGUGACUCGGUACAGAUACGAAGCAGUAAAGGGGCAAGGUUCUUCAAGAAACUUACAAAUAAAAUCAAAAAGAUUGGGACAGAAUCGGAUGAUGCUUUUGAGUCAGCUGUAUUGAAUGAAAGAAUGCCUCUAACGUAGGUGAAGUGUGUGGAAGUGAAUCAGGCUUGUCUUGUAUCUGGUACAAGGAAAUAAAUGUGAUCUUAAGGCAAAGAUGAAUCUCAAUAGGAAGUUAGAGGAAGAUGUUUUUUAUUUCAAUGCCAUAUUGUAAAUAAUGAACAUUUUGUUGUGUUAAGAAUUCCAUUUGUUAAUGAGUUUUUUUUUCUUUUCUUUUUUUCUUUACAUUACUGAUAAAAAAGGCUUUGUAAAUAUGCAUUAUUGACAUGUUUGAAUGAUUAUGCAUUUAAAGGUAUAAAGCUAUAUGAGAAUGUUUGAAAUAUGUGUAUGUGUUUUUAAAACCUUACCACCCUUAAUGAAUGAAAUGGACAUGUCCUUUCAGUCAUUUUUUCCAGAUACAGUUAUUUAGAAGUACUAGUAAUCUAUAUGAACUUGUAUGUUUUUCUGAAAGAAGAAUUAUUUAACUCUAUGAUUUGAGUGUAGUUUUUUGUACAAUAUUUUAUGUACUGGUAUACAUGUAAUAUAUGAACCUUCUUUGAUAAAUGCUGUACUUGUUAAUUCAGGCUAAACAUUAGUUAUGAUUGAAUGUGUAAUUAAUUGAGAAUGCAAAUGUCUUUUUUUAAAUGGUAAAAUAAAAUGAAAAUCUGUAUGAUAUAGACCAGUCUCAAGACGUGUAAAUGUAAAACCUGUGUAGAUAGGCCAUCAGCUACCUGUAGAAUUUAUUUAACAUUAUGUUAGUGACCAUAUAUCCAGAGAAGUCCUUCUUUACAGGUUAUGUCAUUAAUUUGUUCACAUUGAAGUUUGUCCGAUUAUUUGUUUAAAACCAAAAUAUAAAUAAAAAUGGCGUAUUUUUUUAUCAUUGUUAUGUGUCCAACACAAUGACUUAUUUAUACUAGAAAUCCAGUUGCGAUAGUAAAAUGGCGUAGAUGAACUAAAUUAUUUUUUAUGUUAAACACAUAUUUAGGUCCAAUAGUUUGAAAAUAUUUUAGGUUCACAUAAUUAGAAAAUGGUAAACUUUCAAAUUUGCAGAUUAUCAGAUCUGUUAUUUUUCUGGGGUUUAAAAAUGAAUUUUAAAAUUCUGUAUUCAUCUGCCUAAAAUAAGAAUGAUUAUUGACCUGAUCGUUUAUAGAUAUUUUAUUUAUACAUUUAAAACCAUUCAAAGCUUACACGACUGUUGAGCAUUAAUUGUAUUUAAUUCUUCACAUAAUAGAUUUGUCAUACUUUGAAUUUGGAACAGUCCUUUAAAUUUUAGGGUUUUAGGUAUUGCAACAAAAAGUACAGAGCUUGAUUCAGACAGUGUGGAUGUACAGGCUGGUCUGGCGCUAUACUGGUGGUAAAGGCCAAUUACGUUUGAUUUCAGCAAAAUGAAUCGUUAAUCUUGCAUUUGGUUUGUUAACAUUAAAAUAUCAUUCACCUUAUAUUCAGUGGUCAGUUAAUUUUGUGCUUUUUGCGAUUAACAUCAGUUACUGAAAUGUAACAUUCACAGAAUCUUUGAUUUGCACAGGAGAGAAAGAUGAUUUCUCAUUUUUGUGAAAUAAAAAAAUUUGUAGAUCCACACAAUUAUGUUAGCCCAAUCUAAAAAUAGAAUUGCAAUCUAAAAAUAGCACAAUAGUCUAUAAACACUACAAUAAUGGGAGGAAAAAUCUAAAAAUAGUUGUAAAUGAAGAUUAUGUGGAAAAAAUGUUCAUCUAGAUUUUGUACUAUAAAAUAGAGGUUGUGUUUGCAUAUGUGAUAAUAACAGAUAUAUAUGUUUAUAUAAAAAGAUUGUUGUUCAACUAGGAUGAAAUCCAGAUAUUAUGUUUGUUUUAUACAAUUUUAUAUUUAUGCUGAAAAAGAAAACCAUUGCCAGUGUUUA